UCGCAUUUAGUUUGUUCAGUUAUUUCUUAACCGUCAAUCAAUAAACACCACAAAAUUCAUAUACAGUCCACUGAGAAGCAGUUUCAUUUCUGACCAUAGUAACUUUUGGUCCUUCGAGCCGGAUUGACUGGAGGAAUAAUUCACCACUACACGGAAUAUUGCCUUAAAUGGAGGAAUACAAGUUGCUGGUUGUAGGCCGCCGCAGACUGAAGGGUACGAUCACGAGGAUCGUGUCCUUAGCUGAGCGUUUACCUGCAACACAAACGAAGGAUGGAAUCGAUGUCUUGUUGGAUCGACUGGAUUUGGCAUGGAGCGAAUUCGAGAAGAUUGGCGACAAGAUAUCGCUUCACGAUGCGGUCGAUGGGUACGUAGAUCCAGCCAACGACUACGAGGAGUACGAAGGAAGGUACCUGAGGGCAAGGGAGUUACUUGUCUCAGGAAAGCGCUCACUGGAUCCACAAACAAGCACUCAAAGCAAUGAGUCAAUGCCGGGUAAUGGAGAUGCACUUUUCCGGUUACUACAACAACAACAACAGAUGCUAGAACGAAUGGCUGUUUCUGAAGCAGCAAGUACACCUAUUUUACAAGAUGACGCAAUGAACGCGGUAGCAACGCAUAAUGAACUACCGAAAAUUCAAAUCAAACGUUUUUCGGGAGACUACAAGGAAUGGCCGGCAUUUUGGGAUAUCUAUAAAAGCACUAUCCAUAAGAAGCGACAACUAUCAGAUACACAGAAGUUUCACUAUUUGAAAUCACUAUUGACCGAUGAAGCAGCGAAUCUAAUUGCACAUUUGCCAAUUACUGACAGCGCAUAUGAAACAGCAGUGUCGCGUUUAAACGAGAGGUACGACAGACCACGCCAUAUUGUGUUUUCAUUAUUGGAACAGUUCACAAAGCUACCAGAAACAACAAAGAUUGAUGUAUCAGUGCUAAGGAAAGUGACUGAUGGAGCAAACGAAAUAGUUCGUGCAUUGGGGAAAACACACGUGAUUGCUGGAUCAUUUUUCUAA